AUGACUGAGCUCAAUGAGUUCAUUGAGAAUAGUGAAAUACAAGACCUACCUUUAUUAGGUAGAAAGUACACUUGGUGUAAUUCCAGGGAAGGGGUCAAAUGGAGUAGGAUAGAUAGGGUGUUGGUGGAUCCGAAAUGGUUGGAGGGAUUUCAAUUAAAACUAUGGGGAUUACCUAGGUUCAUUUUAGAUCACAGUCCACUAUUAUUGAUGGAAGAUGAGAGGGAUUGGGGUCUAAAGCUGUUUUGGUUUUUAAAUGCUUGGUGUCUACAUCCAAAUUUAUCAUCCUUUGUGGCUAAAGUUUGGAAGGAGACGGAACCUAAUGGUUGGGCUGGAUUCAUACUACACAAAAAACUAAAGGAGUUGAAAUUAGCGCUUCGCCAAUGGAAUAAGGAGGUGUAUGGGUCUGUGCCUAACAAAUUGAAAGCAGUAGAGGAGGAAGUUCAUAUCCUUAAUCUUCAAGCAGAGAGCAGGGAGCUGGAUCAACAAGAGAAAGAUAGAAGAAGAGCAGCUUCUGAAGAGGUAUGGAGACUUCAUAGAAUGAUGGAGUGGACGUGGUUACAAAAAUCAAGACUGAAUUGGAAUUUGAAAGGGGAUCGUAAUACCAGAUUUUUCCAUGUGAUGGCCAAGGGUAGACAAUGUAGAAAUGAAAUAACAUCCAUGGCCUGUGGUGGUUCAGUGCUUGAGGAUCCUUGUCAAAUGAAGUCUACAAUUUUUGAACACUUCAAGAAGUAA